AUAGCAUACGAUUUCAGCAUUUUGUUUUCGAACGAAGUAUAAUCCAAUUCUCGUUUCCAUGGAAACUCAAAGAUCUAGCUAGAAAGUGAAAGAGGACGCUGCAGUAGCAAACAACGUUCUUCGCCGAUGGCGAUCCUCUACGCUUUGGUAGCCAGAGGCACGGUAGUAUUGGCGGAGUUCAGCGCCGUCACCGGAAACACAGGCGCCGUCGCUCGUCGGUUACUCGAGAAGCUUCCAACCGAAUCGGAGUCCAGACUUUGCUUUUCUCAAGAUAGAUAUAUCUUUCACAUACUCCGAUCCGAUGGACUCACUUACCUUUGUAUGGCUAACGAUACCUUUGGAAGGAGAAUCCCUUUCUCAUAUUUGGAAGAUAUCCAGAUGAGGUUUAUGAAGAACUACAGCAGAGUUGCCAAUUAUGCACCAGCUUAUGCAAUGAAUGAUGAGUUUUCAAGGGUUUUACAUCAGCAAAUGGAGUUUUUUUCUAGUAAUCCCAGUGUUGAUACCCUCAAUCGUGUGAGGGGUGAAGUUGGCGAGAUACGCACUAUCAUGGUGGAUAAUAUUGAGAAAAUAUUGGAGAGGGGUGACCGGAUUGAGCUUCUAGUUGAUAAGACAGCAACAAUGCAAGACAGUUCAUUUCACUUUAGGAAACAAUCAAAGCGCCUUCGAAGAGCUCUUUGGAUGAAAAAUUUCAAGCUCUUGGCGUUAUUGACGUGCUUAAUUGUUCUGUUCCUUUACUUUAUAAUUGCUGCUUGCUGUGGUGGCAUCACUCUACCAUCCUGCCGUUCCUAAUUGCCUCUCCUGCUGGUUUUUAUAUUUUCUGAGCUCUGCAAUGAUCAAGAUUACUGUCAAUAUCUACAUUGGCACUUCAGUAUUUCUGAUUCAAAAUUAUGAGCUGAGUGAGAAAAUUUGAUAAAGGGUUCGCUAGCAGUUACAUAUAUUUUCUCGCUUUCAUCGUUCUUGGUUCUGUAUUAUAAAAUUACACGUGAAAGCCUGGUAAGAUACUAUUUGUGAUUAUAGGACACCACUCUGUAAAUGUGGAUUUUUACUAUCUUUCAAGAUCUAGGUUUAAAUUAUUAUUUUUCUCUACCAAUUAUUGCAAUUUUCUUGUACACAAUAUAUCCAUUUCAAUGCCUAUGUAAUUCGGUGCUAUUGAAAUGUAGGGUCAAGCACCCUGUAUGUUUAAUUAGUAAUUUGGUGAUUAAUGCUGGUUUAGUAUGUUAAGUUGUUAAUAAA